UGGACAUAUACCGUCAUGGCGGCGUCUUUACAAAAUAACUGUGCAAAAUAAUGAGCAACAUUUCGGCGAUUAAAACGGUUACAAAAACAUAAAAACUGAUGAAACAUGUACAGUGAGAAGAAAGUAUCCAAGGAAGACACGUGGAAACCUGCUGAACUACGAAGAUGCAUGAGGGAGAAAGCCCAAGGAGAAGACUACUCCAGAAGAAAGGAUGACAGUGAGAAAAGGCGGCGUGCUGGAGAAUCUACAGAGAGGCGUUAUAGAGACCCGGAGGGGUCCAGGCAAGAGAGAGAAAAGAACAGGGAAAGAGAGAGGACCAGAGAGACAAGAAAUGAAGACAAAAAAGACAGGCAUGCAGAGCGAAGAAAAGAGGGCUCACAAGACCGGAGAGGUGACAAGGACAGGGAUAGAAGAGAUGAGAGGGACAGAGAGAGGAGAAGGUUGGCAGAUGAUGACAGAGAACACAGGGAGAGGCGACGAGAAAGAGAAGAAAAACCUGAAAGGGAAAGAGACACGGAUAGACACAAAGACAGGGAGAAAGGGAAGGUAGGGGAUAGGGAGAGACACCAUGAGGAUGACAGGGACAAAGGGAAACAAGACAGGGAUAAGGAAAGAAGAAGAGAGGAACGGGAUCAAGAGCACAGGAGUGAGAGAAGAAGGCAUGAGGAAAGUAGGGUUAAAAGAAGAGAUCCUGAAGAUGAGCACAGAGAGCAGAGAGAUCGGCGACGCAGAAGUGACCAUGAUGGCAUGAGGAGGGCUAAAGAAACUGAAGAGAGACAUGGAUACAGAAAACAUUCAGAGCGGCAAGAGGACAGGGACUAUAAAGAAGAACAUAGGAGACAUAAAGAAAGAGGACAUCAUGAUGAGAAACUGAAGCAUGAGAGUGAGUCCAGGAAGCCUCGGGACUUGAACGCAUCAGGUGAAGAGGUCAGACGUUCCCAUAGUGACCGAGACCAAGCAGAAAGGAGUAAACACAGGGAGAGACGGAAAACAGAAGAAGAGGAAGCAGAGAGAAGACACAAAGAGAGAAGGCACAGAGAAGAAGAUAUAGAAAGAAAUCACAGAGAUCCGAGCUCCAAGAAAUCUUCAUCUGACAAAAGUGACAGACGUGAGUCAGAGAAGGAGGCAGAAUCAGAGGCUGGUAAUGAUGAAGAUUUGGCAGAACAAGAAUAUGAAGAUGAUUUUGAGGAUUAUGAAGAAGAUUUUGAGGAGAUGGAUGAGAGGGCAGAUGAAGGAGAGGACGACAAGGAACCACUGCAUCCAGAGGUGGUCGAUGAUAAGGAGGAGCUCACAGUCCAACAGAGGAAGGAGAUCGAAGCAAUCCAGCGAGCUAUGGCUGAAGAGAACGAGAGAGCCGGAACAGCUCAGUCAAGACAGAAUAUGAGCAGAGAGGAAGAUGAAAUGCCCAAAUUGUCCAAAGACUCUGAAAAGAGCAAAGUCUCCACGCGCGGAAAAUUCAUGGAUUUUGUGGCUGCAAAGCAACGGGAGGUCAGCAUGAAAGUUGCCACUAAACAGAAGAAGCGAGGCGCAGAGUUGCUUCGUUUAAUUGAUCUGGAUGUCUCUGUGACAUACUCCCUCUUGGACCUGCCGCCUGUCAGUGAAUAUGAAAUGUACAUUAGAAACUUUGGAAAUGCAAACACCAAACAGGCAUACGUUCAAUGUAACGAAGAUAAUGCCGACCGAGACGUCCAAACAGAAGAAACAGAGAUGUGUGAGAAGUGGACUCAGCAUCCCCCGCAACACAGUGGAGCCUGUGGAGAUCCAAACCUCUCUCAGGGACCACAAGAUGAAACCAGAAAUGAUAUAAACUUUGAUUCACAGCGUCUGACAUCUUUUCUGCACAGAGCAUCACAGGUCAUGAUUGUGCUGCUGGAGGAGGAUCAAGCUGAGAGAAAAUCCCUAAGAAAUCUGAAUACUCAAACAGAAUCCCUGACUUUCAGCAGUGGAAGUUUACAGCUCAACACUAAGUUGGCUUUUCUUUAUGGGCGACAAAUCAGCACGGUGCACUUCUCCAAGGUUCAAAAACACAUCAUGUUGUCAGUCCACAUGCCCACAAUCAAAGCCAGCUCUGUGCGGCUUGACAGCUAUUCCAUCAUCUGCAUCUGGAACAUCUGGGAACCGUCCAGACCUCAGAAGAUUCUUGUCUAUGAGUCUGAGGUCCAGUCUUGCUGUUUCAGUCCUGGAAGGGGCACGCUGGUGUUUGCAGGGACAUCAGUUGGCUCUGUGGUGCUGUGGGACCUGAUGGAGCAGGCUAGUAACCAUAACAACCUGAAGAUAGGAGAUGCUGAAUGGACCUUAAGACAGCCUACCUUCUCCACUGAUGCAAUCAUGACCAGCUCGGGCCAUCUCUCAUCUGUAACCUCUGUACAAGUUGUUCCCUCCACGGUUGCAGGAGGGUUGGGGCCAGGGUUUCCACUUUUAACAUCUGAAGAAGAGUCAUCAGGAUUGUCGUUCCAGCUGGCUUCUCUGGAUGAGAGCGGGGUGUUAAAUUUCUGGGUGGUGCUAGAACUACCAAAAAGCAACGAGGCAGGAUCCACAACAGAUCUAGGUCUCCGGCCUGGGGGCAAAGUUAAGCUGCUUCAUAGCUCUUCCCUGCUCACUGCUGAGAGGGUAAAGUGCAGAGAUGCUAUGAAAACAGGAUCAUUACAGACACAGCUUUUGAAAUUCCUACCAUCAAACUCCAAUCACUUUUUUAUUGGAACCAAUAUGGGUGUGGUCAACCAUGGAACAAGUCAUGGUGUAAAGGCUCUACCGAAGUUCUACAGGUUUCAGGAGACUGAAGUGCUGCCUGUUGAUGUCACCUCCAUCGACUUCUCUCCCUUCAGACCACACUUGUUCCUGGUGGGCUGUGGGGACGGCAGCAUCAGGCUGCAUGCAGUCAGCCGUGAGCAGCCUGUUGCUGAGUGGAAGAGCAGCACAGCUGGUGAACCUGUGGUCUCACUGCAGUGGACUCAGACCAGGAUGACGGUCUUCUGUGUGCUGGAUGCUGCCUCAAAUCUCCACAUAUGGGACCUCUUGAAAAAUGACACACAGCCCGUGGUCACAGAAAAAAUGAAUGCUGAUAGGGUGACGGCGAUGGCUGUGUUUGGAGACGCUGAUCAACAAAGCACAUAUUCAGGAGUAGCCUUGGCGCAUGAGUCAGGAAAAACAGAGCUACAAUAUUUUACGGGAAGUUUCACUGUGUCCAGCUCUGCAGAGGAGGAAAAGCUUGAGAGUUUAAUGACUGAAGCCUUUUGAAACGCUGCAUCAAAAUUUGCACUGGUGAUGAUCCAUGCUUGUUCCAUGGUUUUUCUGUUUUUUUUUUUUGUUUUUACAUCUGGGCAUAAAGUUCAAUUUAUACUGUUAUAUUUCUAUGACAGUCACUUUGUAUACUUAUAAAUAAAUGUGAUAUAUAUUUCUUAAAUUGAUGAUCACACAUGGAUAGAAAAUUAUCAAUAGAUAUACCAAAGAUCCUCUAAAGGGAACAAUUAAUUUUUUUUUAAAGGAAUGUACAUUUAUGUUGAUACAAAUAUUUCUACUUUCUAACUAUAUAAAAUAUUUGUGCAAUGGUAACAACUUUGGGGUUUAUACAAUAAAAUAAAUGAUCUGUUCGAUGUUAUUUGAUAGUUUGCUAAUUUCACACAUGAACUUGAAAGACAUAGUUGACUAUGAUGACCCCUAAAAAUUAAGAUCCUCAUUAUCUGGUUUAUCCAAAGCCACAUGCCUGAACGGAGUACAACAACAAUAUGUGUAACCACCAUGAAUCAAGACUGUAAAAAUACUGACACAAGAGAUGGAAAUUACCAGCCAACAAACACAUAUUUAAUAUAGCUUUUUAAAACAUUUUAAUUUGUCUUUGUUAUAUUAUCCAAAUUAUUUUUUUUCUUCAGGCUUAUCGUCUGGCAUGACAAAACUGCCAGUUUUGAGUUUUAAUUUAAGAUCACCACUACACAGCAUGUUUAAAGAAUUCUGUAUAAGUGUAUCAAGAAAGAAAUACUGCUAAAUUACACAUUCUUGGUUUUAAUUGGGACAUGGUUUUACAAAUAACAUUUUGAGUCAAAUUUAAGUCUUCAGCAGAGAAAAGAUCCGCAACCUGCAGUCAUGGAGGUAACCAAAGGCUGAUUUAUGGUCAGCGUAACACCGACGCAGAGCUCACGGCGUAGGGUACGCGGCGGCGCGCGCAGUACGUGCGUAGGCCACGCCUUUUCAAUAUAUUUUUGUAGUUCAUUGUUUCAUUGUGUCCUGAUU